AUGGCUGGGCGGCGGGCCCUGCUUCUCGUGGGCUUCCUUCUCCCUGGGGUCCUGCUCUCAGAGGCCGCCAAAAUCCUGACAGUUUCCACAGUGGGUGGAAGCCAUUAUCUACUGAUGGACCGAGUGUCUCAUAUUCUUCAAGAUCAUGGGCAUAAUGUCACCAUGCUUCACCAUGGAGGAUAUUCUUUGAUGUCAGAUUUUGAAGAGGAAAAAAAAUCAUAUCAUGUUAUCAGUUGGCUUCUACCUGAAGGUGAUAAUAAAGAAUUUAAGAAAUCUAUUAAUUUCUUAAUGGGAGAAACGUUACGUGGCAGAGGAUUAUUUGAAAACUACUUAAAAUUUUUAGAACAACUGGGGUUUCAGUGCAGUCAUUUACUAGGGAGAAGGGAUAUCAUGGAUUCCUUAAAGAAUGAGGACUUCGACAUGGUGAUAGUUGAAUUUUUGGACUAUUGUCCUUUCCUGAUUGCUGAGCAGCUUGGGAAACCGUUUGUGUCCAUUCUUUCCUCCUCAUUUGGCACUGUGGACUUCGGGCUACCGAGCCCCCUGUCUUAUGUUCCAGUGUACCGUUCCUUAUUAACUGACCACAUGGGCUUCUGGGGCCGAAUGAAGAAUUUGCUGAUGGUCUUUGAUUUCUCCAUAAAGGAAUGGCAAACACAGUCUAUGUUUGACAACACCAUCAAGGACCAUUUCCCAGAAGGUUCUAGGCCAGUUUUGUCUCAUCUUCUACAGAAAGCAGAGCUAUGGUUUGUUAACUCAGACUUUGCCUUUGAUUUUGCCCGGCCUCUGCUUCCCAACACUGUUUAUGUUGGAGGCUUAAUGUCCAAACCUACUAAACCAGUACCACAGGACUUGGAGAAUUUCAUCACCAAGUUCGGGGACUCUGGUUUUGUCCUUGUUUCCCUGGGCUCUAUGGUGAGCAUCCAUCAGAUAGAGGAAGUUCUCAGGGAGAUGAACAGUGCCUUUGCCCGCCUCCUUCAAGGUGUGAUAUGGAAGUACAAGAGUUCUCUUUGGCCCAAAGAUGUCAAAUUGGCUGGAAAUGUGAAACUUGUGGAAUGGCUUCCUCAGAAUGACCUCCUGGCUCACCCCAGCAUCCAUCUUUUUGUCACCCAUGGUGGGCAGAAUAGCAUAAUGGAGGCCAUCCAUCAUGGUGUGCCCAUGGUGGGGAUCCCUCUCUUUGGAGACCAGCCUAUGAACAUGGUUCGAGUAGAAGCCAAAGAAUUCGGUGUCUCUAUUCAGUUAAAGGACCUCACGGCAGAGACUUUGGCUCUUAAGAUGAAACAAGUCAUAGAAGACAAGAGGUACAAGUCUGCAGCAGUGGACGCCAGCAUCAUCAUGUGCUCCCACCCCCUGACCCCCGCCGAGCGGCUCGUGGGCUGGAUUAACCAUAUCCUCCAGACUCGGGGGGCAGCCCACCUCAAGCCUUAUUCCUUCCAGCAACCAUGGCAUGAGCGUUACCUGCUUGACGUCCUCUCGUUCCUGCUGGCCUUCACUCUGGUCACAGUGUGGCUAUGUGGGAAGCUGCUGGGCAUGGUGGCAAAGUGGGUGUGUGGGUCCAGGAAGCUGAAGAAGACAUGAUGCCAAGUGCAGUGGGGGUGUUGGGGAGCCCCUGGUUCUUUGCAGCCUCCCCCUACCCCAGCACAGGCCAUCUGUGGUGUUCUCCCCUCACCUCCUCCUGUUGAUGGUCCUACGACUUGCUCCUUUCUAUUACCUGCCUCUGUGCAGAAGUCCUUAUGCACCACCCUCACACUUGCCCCUGGUGACUUGGACACCCACCCCCACUCAAGUACAAACCUUCACCAAUCAGCCCUGCCUUCUCCUCCCUUCCUUUCACUAGACAAAGUGCUCUGACAAUUUCAUCCUCCCUUUCCCAAUGACUUCUCAGUCUCUGCCCCCAUUUCUCCUAUCACUUCAUAAAAAACACAGAAAAUAUUUGACACAUCUGUAAAAUUUCCCCCUUUUACACUACCUCUUAUCUCUCUUGUAACCUGUCCUCAACGCUCAAGAAGCCUAGUCUGCUCCCCUGCAGUUAGGCAGGGGCAGCCUCUGACAAGACGUUUUGGCCACUGUCUGAAUCCCCUUGUCUGGAGAGCACUUCCUUUGUGGGUCAGACAUAGAGCCUGCAGUUGGUCACA